GCAUGAGCCUUGCGUCGAGAUCCCGUCAAAGCACUAUACAGCGAAUUUCUCGCACCUGAACUUUUACACUUUCCUGAGGACUAUUUUACCAUUUAAACGGGACGUCUUUUUACGUUAUUUACUCUGACACGCAACAGCAGCACUUAAGAAGUCACUCCACCGCAGUUGCGUUCCUGUCUUAAGACAUUUAAAAUAAAAGGAUAUGGUGUUGGACAUGUGAAAUACACGGGCAACUUCAAACAUGAAGCUGGCAUCUUCUCUGUGUUGCCUCGGGUUUCUUCUCACUUCUGUGGCGGUCCGUCUGAGCGACUCGCAGCAAGUAUGUACUGGCACGGAGAAUAAACUGAGUACUCUGUCAGACCUGGACCAGCAGUAUCGGACCCUUCGUAAAUACUACGAGAACUGCGAGGUGGUGAUGGGGAACCUCGAGAUCACCAGCAUCGAUCGCAGUCGUGACCUGUCCUUUCUUAGGUCCAUUCGUGAGGUGACCGGCUAUGUGCUUGUGGCACUAAAUCAGUUUGAGUAUCUGCCCCUGGAGAAUCUUCGCAUCAUCCGCGGCACCAGGCUGUAUGAAGACCGCUACGCCUUGGCUAUCUUCCUCAACUACCGCAGAGACGGCAACUUUGGUCUCCGUCAGCUUGGCCUUAAGAACCUCACAGAAAUUCUGAAUGGAGGGGUGUAUGUGGACCAGAACAAGUUCCUGUGUCAUGCCGAUACCAUCCACUGGCAGGAUAUAAUGAAGAACGCUCGCCCUGAUCACCUGGUGGUGCCGUCCAAUAGCAGCAGCUCAUGUCAGAGGUGUCAUAGAGGAUGUAAUGGACGCUGCUGGGGGCCAAAGGAGGACCAGUGUCAGAGCUUGACUAAGACAGUGUGUGCCGAGCAAUGUGAUGGCCGCUGUUUUGGGCCGUACGUCAGUGACUGCUGUCAUCGUGAGUGUGCUGGAGGCUGUUCGGGACCAAAGGACACAGACUGCUUUGCCUGCACUAAUUUCAACGACAGCGGCGCAUGUGUGACGCAAUGCCCUCAGCCCUUCGUCUACAACCCCACCACGUUCCAGCUGGAGCACAACCCACGGGCCAAAUACACAUAUGGAGCGUUCUGCGUCAAAAAGUGCCCACAUAACUUUGUGGUGGACCACAGCUCUUGUGUCAGAGCCUGUCCCAGCAACAAGAUGGAGGUGGAGGAGAAUAGGAUCAAGAUGUGUAUCCCCUGCACUGAUAUCUGCCCAAAAGCAUGCGAUGGGAUCGGCACUGCAAGCCUUCAGACGGCUCAAACUGUAGACUCCAGCAACAUCGACAGAUUCAUCAACUGCACCAAGAUCAACGGAAAUCUGGUGUUCCUCAUCACAGGCAUUAAAGGGGAUAUAUACCACAACAUAGAGCCUCUGGAUCCAGAGAAACUCAACGUGUUCCGCACCGUUCGAGAGAUCACCGGUUUUCUAAACGUUCAGUCCUGGCCAGAAAACAUGACUGACCUGAGUGUCUUCUCCAAUCUGGCAACCAUUGGAGGCAGGUCUCUCUACAGUGGCAUCUCUCUUCUGGUGCUAAAGCAGCAGUGGAUUUCCUCACUGAAGCUGCAGUCUCUGGGUGAGAUCAGUGCUGGAAACGUGUACGUCACCAACAACAGUCAACUCUGCUACUACAACACCGUCAACUGGACGCGACUCUUCCGCACCAGCACCCAGAAGGCCCUGAUCCGCAACAACCGUGACCCCAAGGAAUGCAUUUUGGAUCGUAUGAUAUGUGAUCCGCUGUGCUCUGAUGCUGGCUGUUGGGGUCCGGGGCCUGACCAGUGCUUGUCCUGUCGGUUCUUUAGCAGGGGACGUACCUGUGUCGAAUCCUGCAACCUGCACGAAGGGGAUGUACGUGAGUUUGCAAACGGUUCAGUGUGCCUGGAGUGCGAUGCGCAGUGUGAGGUGGCGGAUGACGACGGUCUUACCUGCACUGGGCCUGGUCCUGAUCACUGUGUUAAAUGUCUUCACUUUAAAGACGGACCCAACUGUGUGGAGAAAUGCCCUGAUGGCCUACAGGGAGCAAACAGCUUCAUCUUCAAAUAUGCUGAGGCCAACAAUGAGUGUCACCCCUGCCAUGUCAACUGUACCCAGGGAUGCACAGGACCUCGUCUGCAAGACUGCAUUGGCAUGAUGGACAGGACUCCCCUCAUUGCAGCUGGGGUUAUUGGGGGAUUGUUUGUGGUGAUCAUUGUGGGUCUGAGUGUUGCCAUAUCACUGAGGAGGAAGAGCAUCAAGAAGAAGAGAGCCUUGAGACGCUUCUUGGAGACUGAGUUGGUGGAGCCUCUGACGCCCAGCGGUGCGGCCCCGAACCAAGCACAGCUGCGCAUUCUAAAAGAAACUGAGCUGAAACGGGUGAAGAUCCUAGGAGCCGGGGCCUUUGGCACUGUUUACAAGGGCAUCUGGGUACCUGAGGGCGAGACUGUGAAGAUUCCCGUUGCCAUAAAGAUCUUGAACGAGGCGACAGGCCCCAAAGCCAAUGUAGAGUUCAUGGACGAGGCUCUGAUCAUGGCCAGCAUGGAGCAUCCUCACCUGGUGCGGUUACUGGGUGUGUGUCUGAGCCCCACCAUUCAGCUGGUCACACAGCUCAUGCCCCAUGGCUGUCUGCUGGACUACGUGCACGAGCAUAAAGACAACAUCGGCUCCCAAUUACUGCUCAACUGGUGUGUUCAGAUCGCCAAGGGUAUGAUGUACUUGGAGGACAGGAGACUUGUGCACAGGGAUCUGGCUGCUCGGAACGUCCUAGUGAAGUCACCCAACCAUAUAAAGAUCACUGACUUCGGUCUGGCUCGCCUUCUGGAUGCAGAUGAGAAGGAAUACAAUGCAGAUGGGGGCAAGAUGCCUAUAAAGUGGAUGGCCUUGGAGUGCAUACACUAUAGAAAAUUCACCCACCAAAGUGACGUAUGGAGUUACGGAGUGACUAUCUGGGAGCUGAUGACAUUCGGAGGAAAGCCGUACGAUGGAAUCCCAACCCGAGAGAUUCCUGACCUGUUGGAGAAAGGAGAGAGGCUUCCUCAACCUCCCAUCUGCACUAUUGAUGUCUACAUGGUCAUGGUCAAAUGCUGGAUGAUAGAUGCAGACAGCAGACCCAGAUUUAAGGAGCUUGCAGCAGAGUUCAGCCGAAUGGCAAGAGAUCCACAACGUUACCUAGUCAUCCAGGGUGACGACCGAAUGAAGCUGCCCAGCCCCAAUGACAGUAAGUUCUUCCAGAGUCUGCUAGAUGAGGAGGAACUGGAGGAUCUGAUGGAUGCCGAGGAGUAUUUGGUGCCACAAGCCUACAGUAUUCCUCCACUGGCAUACACAACCAGAUCACGCAUGGACCCCAACAGAAACCAGUUCGCAUAUCAGGACGGCAGCUUCGGAAUGGAGGAGAUGAUGGCCACUAUCCCGCGGGUUGUGGCUAUGUCUGCGGUCAGCCCUGGGUGUUCUGCUCAGAAGCAAUCUAUGGCCCAGCAGGGGGCCUCGGGGUCCUCGGAGGCAUUUGAAGAAAGCCGCUGUAAUGGCACUCUCAGGAAGAAGGUUUCACCCAGGGCAAGCACCGGGGAGGACAGCAGUGGCCAGCGCUACAGUUCAGAUCCAACUGUGAUACUAUGUGAGCGUGGAGCGAGAGCUGAGACUGACCAAGAUUCAUACAUGAGCGCCAUGCAGGACAAAAAGCCCUCAGAUUAUCUCAAUCCUGUGGAAGAGAACCCCUUUGUCACCCAUCGCAGAAAUGGAGAAGUCCACACUCUUGAGCGAGGUUACCACAGUACCUCCAACGGGCAGCCCAAAGUGGAGGAUGAGUAUGUCAAUGACCCGUUGUACCUCAACACCUUCCAUAACUCUGGGGAAAAGAGUCAUGAUGUAUUGCGGAAGAACGGAGUCCCAAUGGCACACACGGCAGCAGCAGCAGUAGCAGCAGCAGCAAAUAAUGGAAAUUCCAACAGCCAGAACCUUUCCCAAACCAUGCAACCAGCAGCACCUAGUGCCCAUGUCUCAACACAGCCACUGUACCAAGGCAAACAAAGCAUCUCCACCCUCUCAGGCCACACCCUCCACUCCGCCCAUCCCGGACACACCCUCCAUCCCGCUCACUCCGGGACCAUCAAGGCCGACAUAAAGCCCAAAAAGACAUUUGACAAUCCUGAGUACUGGCAGCACAGUCUUCCCCCCAAGGCCACUCUCCACAACCCUGAGUAUCUGCAGGACUGCAGCACACGCUUCUUCUACCGGCAAAAUGGUCGGAUCCGACCCGCCGUGGCUGAGAACCAGGAGUACCUGUCCGAGUAUGCACUAAAACCGGGCACCGUGUUGCCACCGCCUCCCUACCGUCAGAGGAACACUGUUGUGUAGCAACAACAGCCAAGACAACGAAGGAAAGAUGGAGGUAAAGAGAGAGUCACAGUGUGUUCUCACCCUGGCUCUCACACCAGCAUUGCAAUCUCUAUGCUCUUCUCUGAACUGGAUUUAACACCCAACCUCCAAUGACCUAGAACUGAUCCACUUGAGUGAGCUUCUCCUCCAGAGGCAUUGGUCACAGAUGGCCACAUCAAUCAAAGCUCCUUCCUGCUUGUCUCUCCUCACUUCAAUCACCAUUAAGAUCUGUUUCCCCUACCUGAGCCCAGCUUUCGGAAAGCGAUACUCUUCCAAGCAUUUGGUAGAUGUUACACUCAUCUCAUUGAAAGCAAGUACUGACGUUGAUGUGCAACAUGUGUUGAUCCAAUAGAAGAGAGGAGUCAUUCUUUUGUGCAAUUACAGAAAUGUUUUUCAUUUAUCUUGUUUUGGGAAUUUAAUUUGAAGCUACGAUAUGAUCUGUUGUAAUUUAUGACUUCGGUUAGCAUAGUUUAUUUUAGCACACCAUACAUGAUUUUAUGAGGCAGAUGUGUUGUAUGCAAAUCCGUCGUAUUGGGAAUAUCUUUGUGGGCCCUGGGACAAAAGGGCCCAAAAAGGUCCUCAAUGUCGCCAACAAACUGAGACUCAAAAAAAUGUAAGCGACAGGCCUGGCUGUACGCUACAUACUGUUAUAUACAACAAAACAUAUGUUUAUUACAGCAUGGUGUCAACUGGGACCUUUGAUCACCACCUUCUCGAAUGGCAUAUCUUCAAAAGACACAUUGUGCAAUGUUCUGUUCAAAAAAUAUCUCCUUGAUUCAUCUGCACAUGUAUUAUAUUGCUCAAACAAGCUACAUUUUAUUACUUCUAUUGAGCCGUUCUCUCAUCAUUUUUGAUUCGUAAGUAAGACUGGAAUCAUUCCCAACUGGACACAGUCCUGCGGUCCGCAUUAUGCGUAAAGGCAACCUGAUGAAAACAAGCAUCUCAUGCUGAGAACAGUAUCAGCCUGCAUAUGAUCGAGACCGUACUGCAGCCUGCCACAAAAUCAAUAACUUCAUAAAAGCAGAUCUACAACAGUCUACUGUAAUAAUGUUUUUAUUGUUGAUCUAGCCAGCAUUGAUCUGUAUGCUCACAGAGUUGUCACCUUAAGGUAGCCUUUCUUAUUUUGUCAUUUCAUGUGUGGAACGAAAACCCAGAUUGGGGAUACCAUGAACUUAAGAAGCUAAAAUCAAUACUAGCGACCAAGAGCAUCCAUGUAGAUGGACGUACGGCGGCAAAUGGAGAUUUACACAGCUACAGAGGUCAAGGUUUGCACAGAAGACUCGACAGCACACAAUACCUGGCUCCUCUUCUGAAAUAUGGCCGGAAAACUGUUAUAACUGUAUAAACUUUACCCACAUACGAGUCAAUGAGAUGCACAAGACUUGCGAUCAAGAUGGCAGCUUUUUCUAGCUGGGUUCAUUAAAACUGCAACAGUAGGGGACAUUUUGAAAUUGAGAAGACAGGAGUACCAUCAUACAGUACCAUGAGGAACAAAUGAGAACGUGCGAAUGGAAUAUUUUCCCCAAGGUCAGAGAUGAGACUGCCUCAAAUAUGUCAACUCCAUUUGAACUGUCUCCCAUAAUGACUUUUCUAUAAGAAGCAUCUCAUGGAGCUAUACGGAUAUGAAUCUAGGAAGAUAACGCAGCUUAUUAGGGCAUGUUGUUCUCCUCAAAUGGUGGAAAACAACUUUGCUACAUCUUCGGUACAUACCACACCACCCAGGUUUCUAUGGCCAGAUUUGUGUAUAGUUUUCAACACUGCCAGUCACAAUGCUUUUCUGCUAAGGGGAAUAAUAAUGAUGUUGUGUUGCUGGUUUGGAGAUGUGAAAUGGUUUUAUAGCACUUAACAGCCUGGCACAGCCACAUGAGUUUGUUUUAAACACAAAUGGCACUGAUUGAAUACUCAUUUAUAAUAAUCAUAGUUUCAUGAUGAUAGCAAACACCACUCGCCCACAUACAUUUGUUUUGCUCUAUCAUUUUAUUUUUAUUUUUUUUGUGCUUUUGAAUAUGAAGGUUUACAGUUACAUGGAGCACUUUAAUUAAUGAACAUAACAAAGAUAGAGCAGAGUUCUUUGGGAUUGCUGUUCCCAUGUGAUAACAGAUUAGACAAAUGAAAUUUUUGGCUCUCUACAGGAAACAAAAUCAGGGAAUGUUAGUGACGCGCCGUAAUUUUGCCAAACACAGAUGUUUACUAAUUAAGGUAUUUAUCUCAAGCUUUUAACCUUCAAAAUAAUGCAAUUGGGGCAGAAUUUAAGGUGGGUCACAGUAAAGGAAUGCUAAGAAUACCUAUAACAAUAAUAUAAGAUGCCUGUAACAGGACAAAACUGAUACUUGAAAUUGCUUCAUUUAAGCUCCUAUAGAGUUUGGAAACUAGUUUAAUAGUUAUGAAGUACAAUAUGUAGAUUAAGAACUAAGGCCAAAUGAUAUUUUAUUCAUCUUUCUUGUAUUUAUGAGUGAAACCAAUGCAUAGUUAUCUAAAUGAUUCUGGUUGAGAUUAUGAAAAGCCCAAAGAAGUACAACCUCCAUCAAAACCACCUUAUGUACAGUUUCCAAAAGGGUUGAAGCUUUCAGUUAUCUUCUCUUAACCCAAUUAAAGGCAAGGACCUUGUGCAUAUGCUACUGAUAACGUCACCGCAGAUCAGGGUGUCUAAGUCUAUAUAUGUAGCAACUGCUGUGAAUACAGAGUGGGUAAAUAUCUAUUAAAUCCAUCAUGUGAGGAACAACUAGACCAAAAUGGAGGGAGAGGAAUGCCUGAAAUUUGAGGGUGACUCUUUGCAAAGACUUUCACUAUUAGAGACUGUUAGAGGAUGGAACUCGUUCUCUUUGGAAACAUUUUCACUUUCUAGGAACUCUAGGAUAUGAGGUUUGGAUGGAGCACAAACAUUUGACUCACUUUUAGCAGAAUCUAGAAGAACACAAAGACAUCUUGACAUGAACUUGUGUAUAUAUACCUAAAGGGGCUUGAAGAUAAUUAUGUGAAGAGGUGAAUAUAUCAGUGAAGGCUUAUUUUCUGGGGUUGUUUUUUUUUUUUUUUCUUGAGUUCACUAAGUGAGUUCACUAAGUUCCAGUUCCAGACCCUUGAAUCAACUCUUCAAAAUGCUUAAAGUGUGCUUUAUUACACUGCACAUCUAGAUGUAAUGCCUGGUUAGCAUGCUGUUCUCCAUUCAAUAAACAUUUGAUGAAUUACUGCUGCCACGAUCAACAGAAAAUGUGCACAACUUUUUAAUGUACUUAGGUUUACCGCCUGAUGUUAUGAGUAAUAGGCCAAUAGCAAUGAGUUAAUGAACCCAAAUUACAUAAGGCAAUAAAAAUAAUAAAGACCUAAUUUAAAUACAGUGCAGAACUAUUUUACCACAUUUAGUGUCUGGUUAAACUGGAUUGUGAGUGGUUUGUUGGAAAGUGUGGCAUUUUGAGUUCAAAAAUCAUAUGUUUUUCGUAUGUUUUUCUUCCUCAUUUUUAACGUAUUUAUCAGCUAGCUUUAAUAUACAUGAUUUAGGCACAUAAAAUUCCCUUAGUAUGUUUAAAUGGGCCCUAAGGCUCUUUUAUAAUGAUCCUGUCAUCAUAUAUUUUACAGUAUAGAGAGGCAAUAAGCUUUACAAAAUACGUGUUUCAGCUUCUGUUAUCACAUUACUGUUAAGGUACUUACAGUAUGUUAGGGUUCUUAAUGUUUAACACAGACAAUUAAAUUCAUUUGCAGUGUUAUUGAGUCUGCCCUUGCUGAUCUGAUAAUGUGUAUUUGCAUAUAAAUUCUGCAGCAUCAAAGAUGCAAACAAGGUUAUUUUUUCGGUCCUUCUUAUUAGUUGUGCCCCCUUUUCUGGUCUUUUUUGUGUUUUCUUUUGUCAUUUCUUUUGAAAUGCUCACUGGAACUUUUGCAUGUGGCAAGGUAGUCAGAAAGUAUCGGUAGACUAAGCACAGUUAAAAAAUCAUUUUAUAUUAGAAAGGACAAAUAAAGGGAAGAAAAACAUCUUUCUGCAACACUGACAUUUGGAAUGGUUGUUCCUCAUGAUUUUACUACUGUACGUCAAUGCGAAAAUGUGAAUAGUAUUUUUAUAAACAGUUGAAUUGGCCAGAUGUAUUUGUAAAUAGCUGGGAAACUUAUGCUCUUUUUGGACUGACCUUUUUUUCCCCAUUAUGUUUUGUUCACUUAUAUUGUGUGUGACCGGUUAUUCUUAUUUGAUGGCUGUAUAUAUCAGUAAUUUGAACAGCACAUAUUUGAUUUUGUAGAUCUUGCAGGUUCUUUUAGUACUUCGGUGUGUUUUUUUGUGACCGUAUGUAGCCCGGCUUGGUGCUUUUGUGUUCUUUAACCUCUGCCCAUGUUCAAGAGAUAGGAGAUGUUUUCUUUCUGUCAGGUAUAGCCUCCCUCCAUCACCCCACAAUUUUCUCUUUUUGUACAGAAUCCAGCGUGGGGAGUCUGCAGCUGUGUGACGAUAGCAUUUGUAUCUCCCAGGAAUCUCUCUCAACUCCAUUUAGGCUUUUCCUGACUUUAGUCCUGGUCAUAUCGGUAGUGUCUAGUUCUUUCUCAGUAUGCAAUUCAUAUUUGUGCACAAUCUCCCAUUUCUUCACAUCUGCAGCCAAUCGCACCGUGAGCUCAGGCUUAGACAAGGGCUGCGAGCGCAAACAUGGUGAAAAAUGAUGGCAAAAGCCACAGUCACUGAACUCAACUUUCUCAAAAACAUCCGCCAUGGUGUUCCUCCAAGAGAGUCAUAAGUCAGAGUGUAUUAUACACGCUGUCAAGUGGACUAAUUGUCUGGAGUGUUCAUUUGGCCAUGUUGUUAUUGAGUGACGGCUCGUCAAAACUAAAGUCAAGUCUUGUCAUUUUUGACGACCAUCUUCAGCUCUGGUCACAGUAACUUUCUCCACCACAGCUUUCCCAUUCCCCAAAGCUAGAGCAUUUAAAUACUGUUUCACAGUUUUGUUACCUGAAUCUAUAUUUUUAAUUUAAUAUA